AGGAGAACAAAGGGAAAAUAAAGUAGCAAUUAAACAAUGUUCUUCUUCAAGUGCAUGCUGUUGUUUCUUCUCCUUUGCAGAUUUAUUGUAGCCUCACUGCAAGAAGAUGUUAAUUUCACCUACAAUGGCUUUCAAGGAGUUAACAUGAGUUUGGAUGGUUUAGCCCAGAUUACAGACAAUGGUCUGUUAAUGUUGGUAAACACCACAACAGAACAGGUGGGUCAUGCUUUCUAUCCCCAACCAAUUCACUUCAUAAAUUCUUCCACUGGUAAUGUUAUCUCCUUCUCUACUACUUUUGUAUUCGCCAUGUUCUCUGAGUUACCAACACUAGGAGGUCCUGGAAUCGUGUUGGUGAUUGCACCCUCUAAAGGGUUCCCUGGUGCUUUGUCAAGCGGUUAUAUGGGCAUCUUCAACACCACCAACAUUGGUAACCCAUCCAACCAUGUGGUUGGAGUUGAGUUGGAUACCUUCCAAAACCCACAGUUUAUGGAUAUCGAUGAUAACCACAUCGGUAUUGAUAUUAACAACUUGAGAUCUAUUAAAGCUGCUCCGGCAUCUUAUUUUAGUGAUCAGGAAAAUGGACGCGUGAACCUCAGCCUUUACAGUGGACGUACCAUGCAACUUUGGGUGGAAUAUGAUGGUAUAAAGAAGCAACUUAAUGUGACUUUAGCUCCCACUACCAUCCCUAAACCAAACAUUCCACUUUUGUCCUUGAUCAUUGAUCUUUCUCAGACCAUAUUGGAUGCUCCCAUGUUUGUUGGCUUCUCAUCAUCUACUUCUGCUACCAAAACACCUCAAUAUGUGUUGGGGUGGAGCUUUAAGAUGAAUGGGAAAGCAAAACAACUCUCUCUCUCCAAACUUCCUAAGCUUCCUCGAAUGGGACCUAAAACAAGGCCUAGAAUUUUUACCAUUGGAUUUCCAGUGAUUGGUGCUAGUUUAGUGUUCAUGUCGAUCGUCAUCAUCCAAUUUAUUGUAGUAAGGAAGAAGAAGUUUGCAGAAGUUCUUGAAGACUGGGAACUUGAAUAUGGACCUCACAGGUUCAAAUAUAAAGAUCUCUACUUCGCAACCAAAGGAUUUCAUGACAAGGAGCUUCUUGGUAGUGGUGGGUUUGGUAAGGUCUAUAAAGGUAUAUUACCCAUUUCAAAACAAGAAGUUGCAGUGAAGAGAGUAUCACAUGAUUCAAGACAAGGGGUGAGGGAAUUUAUUGCAGAGGUCAUCAGUAUCGGUAAACUGCAGCAUCGAAACAUAGUAACACUCUUGGGGUGUUGUCGACGGAAAGGAGAGCUACUUUUAGUGUAUGAUUUCAUGCCAAAUGGAAGUCUAGACAAGUUCCUCUUUGAUCAUCAAUCGACAACAACAACAAAGACAACAUUAAGUUGGAAUCAAAGAUUUCAAAUAAUCAAAAACAUAGCAUCGGCAUUACUGUAUCUUCAUGAAGAAUGGGAACAAGUUGUGGUUCACAGAGACGUCAAGUCCAGUAAUGUCAUGUUAGAUGGAGAAAUGAAGGGAAGAUUGGGAGAUUUUGGGCUCGCUAAAUUAUAUGAUCAUGGAGGGGAUCCGAAAACCACUCAUGUCGUGGGGACGUUUGGUUAUGUAGCACCAGAAUAUGCAAGAACUGGGAAAGCAAAUCCUAGUGUGGAUGUGUUUGCAUUUGGGGUUUUUUUGCUCGAAGUCGCUUGUGGUAGAAAGCCUAUAGAGGCACAAGCAUCAGAAGAGUGUAUUGAAUUGGUGGAAUGGGUGAUCUCAAGUUGGAAAAGGGACGCGAUUUUUGAAACUGUGGAUCCCAAAUUGGAAAUGAAUUAUGAAGUGGAGGAAAUGGAGUUGGUGUUAAAACUAGGAUUGCUUUGCUCUCAAUCCGAUCCAACUGCAAGGCCAUGUAUGCGACAAGUUGUCCGCUAUUUGGUGGGAGAGCUUCAACAACUGGACCUGCCAUCUUUGACUUCAGAAAAUACAGGUGAAGUCUCUUUUUGGUGUCCUUAUUUUAGUAGUGGAAAGAGUCCGCCAUCAUCGAUUGCAGAUUCUCUUCACUCUGCAGGACGUUGAUUCUAUCAGGUAUAGGUUUUUUUUUUGGUAAGAGUAGUUAUAGUUUUGUUUAAUAAGAUGUCUUUUUAUGAGUGGGAUUAAGUCAAUUUCUUCU